UGUUGUAUUAACAUUCACCAUCGUGUUGGGUUUCUCCAGUGACGGAUUUUGAUUGUGGAUUGGUUGAAUAAAAAUUGGGGAUUGUUUAUUGAAGGCGUAGGAUUAAGGCUUAAGUGAACAGUUACCACUUCAGAUUAACAGUAGAUGAAUUGUUGAGGUUGUGUGUGUGGCUAUAUUGCCAUGUGCUUUAAAUAAGUUUUCGGACCAUUUGAGACAUUUACAAGGGUAAAAGCCUACUUAAUAGUUUUUUUUCUUUUCUUGUGGAUGUUUAAUAUUUUUGGCUUACUCCUUACAGUGUUUUAAUGAGCCGGAUGUAGAUAUAUUUCUAAGAAUGUAUCUGGUUUCAGUAACUAUUUCAAUAGCAAUAUCUCAUGUAUUUAUUUAUUUUCCAGCAAACAGUGAUUGUCUAAAAGCAUUUGACCCUGUGUGUGUGUUUGUGUGUGUGUGUGUGUGUUUGUGUGCCUGUGGGUCUGUGCUUAUAUAUAUACAUGUGCACGUGUCUUGCUUUGUCAGCACUCUCCACAGUUUCGAGCUGAGAAAGUUCAAAGGUUAAGCCCUUAAGGAUUUGACUUUCUAUUUGCUCUUUGUAAGAAGCGGCAGCUCAGCCUGGGUCUCUUUCUAGGAAAAAAAAACGCCAUCCUCACCACCCCGCAGAAUCAGCUGGGGGCUUAAAGUUUACAUAAUGGCCGCGAGGGCUGGACCCCAGCCAAAUUCAACACACAGAACCAUACACAUACACGUCUCAUUCCUCUGCUCACUCCUCCCCAAACCCGUGACAGAUAAUGUGCCCCAGUUUUUCUCCAGUUGAUUUACUAGAAGUACAUGAGAAAUUUGUCAAAAAUUCAACACAGACACGAGCAUCAAAAAAGCCAUAAUACUUGAUUGUUGGGUUUUUUUUUUAUGGUUGCACUGAGCUGCCUUAAUGUUCCACAGGCUGUGUAACAUUCCUAUGGCAUUAGAGAAUUUGAGACACACUUUUUCAGAGCUGUAAAUAUCCUCAAUUUUAUAGAUCAUCCUUUUUUCUGGGAGCCAGAGGGGAUGAGAGGAACAGCGAGCCCUCUGACAAGGACCAGUUCCUGGAAACAAUUUCCAUGUUCCAGAGUUUCCUAGAAAACUGGAAAUUGAAAAUGGGGACAAUGUCGACCACACAUCCUCUCGUGGAUCAGGCAGUCUUAUUCACUUCCAGCAGCCAUCUAAUCCGAGCUCUCCUAAUCACCCUGACGAUGAUGUCGAUCUAGAGGCUUUGGUGAAUGACAUGACCUCCAUGUCGCCCUAUGGGGGCCUCUACUCUUUUAAGACGCAGCACUCUGACACUGUCCCUCUCUUGCACAAUGGCCAAGGCACUGGUGUCCAGAUUAACAGGGUUGGUCUUCCGCCACAUGCGUCAAAUAUCCAAGCGAAGGCUACUCACUCACCUGCCCAGAAAGCCUGCCGCUCCCAACCUGUCCACAUACUGGCUGUUAGAAGGCUACAGCAAGAGGAGCAGCAGGUUCGCCCUGCAUCUCUGCCAGCAAUCCCCAACCCUUUCCCUGAGCUAUGCAGCCCUGCAGGUUCCCCGAUACUCAGCAGUGGUUUGAUGCCACAGCCAUCAGAUGUGCAUGGUCAUGGGGAGCCUGGAGCCUAUCUCAGGGGACUUGGGGCACAAGGCAGGGGACACCCUGGGCAGGGUGCCAACCCAUCACAGAUCAUCAAGGUCUUUAGUGAAGAUGGUGUUGGGAAGGUGGUGGAAGUUCCUGCUCACAUGACAGCCAGAGAUGUGUGUCAGCUCCUGGUUUAUAAGAGUCACUGCCUGGAUGACAACUGCUGGACUUUAGUAGAGCAUCAUCCGUUGCUUGGACUAGAGAGGUGUUUGGAGGACCAUGAACUGGUGGUUCAGGUGCAGGCCUGCAUGUCUGCAGAGAGUAAGUUCCUCUUCAGGAAGAACUAUGCCAAGUACGAGUUCUUCAGAAACCCACUGAAUUUCUUCCCAGAACAAAUGGUGGCGUGGUGUCAAGAGUCCAAUGGCACAAUUCCCCCAUCUCAGCUUCUGCAGAAUUUCUUGAAUUCCAGCCGCUGCCCUGAGAUCCAGGGCUUUCUUUACAUGAAGGAGACAGGCCGCAAGUCCUGGAAGAAGCUUUACAUGUUCCUGCGCCGCUCUGGCCUCUACUACUCCACUAAAGGAAUAUCCAAGGAGCCCAGGCAUCUGCAGUUGCUGUCAGAUCUGGAAGAGAACAGCGUGUUCACCAUGACGACAGGCAAGAAAGUGCAUAACGCUCCCACAGACUACCAGUUCUGCAUUAAGCCUACUAAGGGCACAACAGAGCUGAAAGAUCUGAAGAUGCUCUGUGCUGAGGAUGAGCAGAGCAGAACAUGCUGGAUGACUGGCUUCAGAGUGUUUAAGUAUGGAAUUCUGCUUUACCAGAACUACAAGAUCCCUCACCAAAGACAGUCACCAGUCUCAAACUUCACAACACCAGUGAGGAGUGUGUCAGAGAAUUCUCUGGUUGCCAUGGAUUUCUCGGGGAGGACAGGCCGUGUGAUUGACAAUCCUGUGGAAGCAAUGAGUGCAGCGAUGGAGGAGGGACACACUUGGAGAAAACGAAGUCAGCGAAUGAAUGUAUCGGGCCAUCCUAGUUCCCCUCAUCCAUCCUCUUUAAAUUCAGUGAUCCACCGAACACAACUGUGGUUCCACGGCCGCAUCAUGAGAGAGGAAUCCCACCGUAUGAUGAUGCAGCAGGGUCAGGUGGACGGGUUGUUUCUUUUGCGGGAUAGUCAGAGCAACCCAAAGGCUUUUGUUCUCACUCUGUGCCAUCACCAGAAGGUCAGACACUUCCAGAUCUUGCCUUAUGAAGAGGAUGGUCAGAUCUUCUACAGCCUUGAUGAUGGUUCCACCAAGUUCACAGACCUGAUCCACCUUGUAGAAUUCUACCAACUUAACAGAGGAGUCCUACCCUGCAAACUCAAACACCCCUGCACCAUGGUGGCCUUAUGACCCCUCUCAUACACUUUGGAUCGAACUGUCAUUACAUCCUUGCACCCACGGCUGAGAACAAAGAAAAAGACCAACCCAGUUUCUCAGUGUCCCUCUCCCCUGAUAAGCUGACACUUUUGAUGUGAAGAACAUUUUCUGAUUCUUUUAUAUCUUGCCUCUGGGAUUGUCGCAGAACUGACGGCUCACAUUGUCCAGUUAAUAUAACACUGCCAACUUAUUUCUCAUUCUCCAAGCCAGUGUCGGUCACCUCAAGAUUUCAUCCAAUAGAAGGCCUCAGUGUCAUCAUGCAGAAGAUACUCUCACAAUUGCGAAAAGAUCUGAUCAGAUCUGAUCAGCUCACCAUCAUUUCUGUUGCUUAUGCCUUGUAAUGUUACUUGAUAAUCUUUGAUUGGUAUUUGUGAGAUUGCUGAUGUUUUCUUACCUAGUAUUUUGCACUUUCAAGCUGAAAACGGGUGGCCCACUUUACCGUUAACAUGCCCCUGUCCUCAUUUCAUUCCCCCUCCUUCCCCUGGCCUCAUGGUGAAUAAGCCUCAGUGGGGAAUUCCUGUGUGGUAAUUGGAUUACAGCACAAGACAGACUUUCACUGAGCCCUGUCGGAGCUUCCUAUUGACAAGAUUACAGCUGAUUGCUGAUACACCGAGUUAUGGAUCAGCAGACCUGAAAUGCUAAUUAUCAUCUCAUCUGUUGCAUUGUGCUCAAUCCAAGCUAUUCUUCACCAUGUCCUCUUUGCCUUAGAGACAUAAGCACACUGGGAUAAGGCUGCGCUACGGCCUGUGAAUAUGGAGACUGAGACGUGCCACAGGGAAGUUCCACAUGUUGCACAUCUGGCUAGAGAAAUUAAUUUGGAUAAAAUGCAUCUUUUUAAUUAUCUUAGGGGGACAAAAAGUCACUUUUAAUUGAAGUGCAAUAUUUUUUAAGUACAGCCUAUGGGGGAGUUAAGGAAACCUGACCCAGGCCCUGCGUGGCCGCCUUAAAAACUUGAUCCACGCUCAAGUUGCUGAUGUUGACUACCCAGAGCACAAUCACUGAGUUAAACGAUUAGCCCUCUUAUGGCUAUGUAGCAAGUUUUUUUUUUUUGGAAUUAUUUCUACGAAAUCCUGUAUAGUUAUAAAUAAGAAUUACCUUUAGUUCAUUUUGCUGUCCUUGAGCCACAUGAACAUAUGAAAGGUGUAAAAAGGCCCCAUUUGUAGCUUGAAUUAACAUGUGAUCUGAUCAGUUACAAAGCACCAUUAAAUAAAGUGUAAAUGCACACAGAAUGCUUUAUGAUCAGUAUAUGAUUAGAUCAGUCAGACCAGGGGUGUCAAAAGUCCGGCCCCAGGGCCCCAGGGCCCGAGGGUGGACAGACGUUAACCUCCCCGUGGCUUUUCUCAUGUACGAUCGGAGGCCCACAAGCCAAAACUUUGCACUUCUUCCUUUCACCUGAUGGUGGCAGCAGACUGUGUUAACACAGCUAGCUAAAUUGCAAGUGCCUGAUUUUCUCUGACUACACCUGCGAAUGAAUUAAUUUACUGAAUAAUAUUUAGUCGUGGCUACAGACAAAAAGCACAAUGUUAACAGUGAGGAAGGGCGAUUUCAAAAGAGCUAGAAACAAGAAUACUUUUUUUCAUUGAGAGCCAUAGCAAAUGCGCGUGCUUCAUAUGUCAAGAGACUUUUCUGGUAAUUUAAUAUCAUGAGACAUUAUGAAACAAAACAUGAGGAUGAGAGGGCAAAGAACCUGAAGCAGCUGGAAGCUGUCCUGGCAAAAGGGUACAGAACAUUACUAGAGCUAAUAAGUGGUGCUGCUUCUAACCCUUAAGCAUGGAAUACCUUUGGUGAAUCCUUGAAAGAGUCCUUAACUAAAGUGGUCAAUGUCAUUUUUCUCGAAAAGAAGCACGAAUUGAUGAAUAUCGUCUUGUGUUUCACAAUAAUAGCUGUCAGGUGAUAACCCUGCUGCAGUUAUUCCACUAAAAUUAAAACUAUAUUGGAGCUCUGAAAUAAUAUUUUGGUGACGGGCCCUGAAAAAAUCUGGAAAAAGAUUUGGACACCCCUGAGUCAGACCACCUCCAGAGGUCUCACAUUGGCUUCGCAUCUCAGCAGGUGUAAAUAAAAAUCUGUGUUUGCAUUAUGCUAGUAUUGAGGACAAAUUCUGCCAAAAAUCCACCAUAAAUAAUUCACGGUUGCCAGAAACAAGGCCUGGAAUUGUUUAUGUUUCCGACUUACAGGCUGUCAGUGAUGACGCCUUCCUGCUUACUCCAGCAUGUUAACAGCUGGCAACACUUUCCCUAGCUAGCUGGCAUAUUUGCAAAAUUAUGUGGGGGGGGAACUAAAAUCUGAGUACAAUGUGUUUAAGUGCAAGUGCGAGUCUGGAUGGUUCAUUAUCCAGAUAUUGAUAUAGAGAUGUUAAUGCACAUGUUAAUGUGAGAUACAAAUGGAGCCAAAGAGAAAAUGUGCACAAACUCAAAGAAGAAUGUUUGCAGUGUUGGGAGUACUGAGUGCAAUUAGCAAUGCUCUGUCUGUGUGACAUCAUUCCAUGAGGUGAUCUGCUCCUGCACCUAGUUUUGAUGGACAAAUAGUGCAAGCUUCAGUAUACAGACCUGUGAAUAUGCCACGGUAACAAUGCGGCAGAAUCCUCCAUGUCCUACACUGGCCCAGCAAGACUUAAGCUAUAACCAUCUCCUACAGUUUGAUAAACUCAUUCAGCCGACUGUUAAACUGCUGACACUGAAGUACACACGUCUAAUAGAUGGUAGAGCAUGUGAUCGAGAGAUGUACGUUAGUCAGUUUUCUAAUACGCAGAUAAAACCUGGUGCUACACCAAGCAACUUCUCAACAGAAUUCAGUAGAAUAAUUGAGUUUGUGCUUAAUCUGUGUCUGGAAAAUCCCAGUAUUUCUUCAGUGGCGAACUUGAAUAAUGUGUUUUAAAUAUACUCAAGAACAGCGCCAUGCUGGUAGAAAAGUACAAUCUUGGUCAUUUAAUCACAGACCUACAGAGUAGUAAGUAUGUAACGCAUGGUCUAUGGGGCGCAUCCUCUAGUCAAGCCUCCAUGAUCCCAAGCUGAUUAGACUGUACAGUAAGACCAGACUGAGACGUGAUCUCUGCAACAGGAGCCUGCAACAAUAAACUAUUUAAUCAGCUCAUAUACAGCGCGCAGCUGGUCUCCUGAAGGAUGGGCUUUUUGUGAAUCCUGUGUGCAGUUACAUGCAGUGCAAACAGCUUUAGUAGCAAUAUUUUUUAUUUCUGAGUGUGUGAAGCUAAAGCUCUAGAUCUAACACUGUAUCAAUGCUAUCUACAAAUAUUAUAUAAAUGGGUUGGGCUCCCAAACGAAAUGAAGACUGUAUUGUUACAUGGAUGUUGUGUACUUUGCAUACUCCCUCUCAGUGAUUUGUAUCAGUGUGCCUACUAUAAUGAUAUUAUCUGUUCUCAUUUGUAUGUCACGAAAGCCUUUUUAUAAAACAUUAUAUUAAGCUA